UUGACAUUCAGGGAUGUGACCAUAGAAUUCUCUCAGGAGGAGUGGAAAUGCCUGGACUCUGCUCAGAGGGCUUUGUACAGGGACGUGAUGUUGGAGAACUACAGGAACCUGGUCUUCUUGGGAAUCCCUUAUUUUGACCUAAGUGUUAUCUCCAUGUUGGAGCAAGGGAAAGAACCCUAGGCUGUGGAGAGCCAUGAGAAAAUAGCAAGAAAUCCACAUUGGCAGGAAUGGGCCAUGGGUGUGAACAGAAGUAUCUUUCUUGAAUGUGUAAUGAAGGAAUUACCAUCAAAAGGGAACAAGAGUACAGGAGAAGUAUUUCAAGCAAUGAUGUUGGAAAGACAUGAAAGCCAUGACAUUGAAGACUUUUCCUUCAGGGAAGACCAGAAAAAUAUACAUGUCUUUGAAUGUCAGUGGAGAGAUAAUGAAAGAAAUUGCAAUGGAACAUCCAUGACCCUUAAAGAGAGUCUCACUGGUAGAAGAGAUCAACAUGUUAGAAGGCAUGCAGGAAAAAUGCCUGAUAAGACUCAGGUUGGAUUUAGCUUUCAGUCACAUCUGCCUGAGCUGCAGGUGUCUCAGUCUGAAUGGAAAUUUUAUGAAUGUCAUCAAAUUGAGAAACCUCUGAAAAAAGGUUUUUCAGUUUCACCAGUUCAAGGAAUUUGUUCAAGUGUCAAAACUCUCAUUUCUAAACAGUAUGGGGAUGACUUUAUCUAUUCUUCAUCACUCUCACAAGGACAAAGAGCAAACACGUGGGAAAAACCUUACAAACUUAAUGAAUGUGGCAAGGUCUUUAGUUAUCCUUCAAACCUUACAAUACAUAGGAGAGUUCAUACCGGAGAGAAACCUUACAAGUGUACUGAAUGUAGUAAAGUUUUCACUCGAAGUUUACAUCAUGCAAUACAUUGGAGAAUUCAUACUGGAGAAAAACCUUACAAAUGUGAUGAAUGUGGCAAGGUCUUCAGUCGGUCUUCAAGUCUAGCAAAUCAUCGGAGAGUUCAUACUGGAGAGAAACCUUACACGUGUAAUGAAUGUGGCAAAGUCUUCACUCGAAAUUCACAUCUUGCAAAUCAUUGGAGGAUUCAUACUGGUGAGAAACCUUACAAGUGUAGUGAGUGUGGCAAGGCCUUUCGUACAGAUUCAAAUCUAACUAUCCAUCAGGUAAUCCAUACUGGAGAAAAACCUUACAAAUGUGAUGAAUGUGGCAAGGUCUUUACUCAAAGGGCACAGCUUGCAAUUCAUCGUAGAAUUCAUACUGGAGAAAAACCUUACAAGUGUAGUGAGUGUGGCGUGGUCUUUACUCAAAGUUCACACCUUGCAAUUCAUCGUAGAAUUCAUACCGGAAAAAAACCUCACGAGUGUAGUGAGUGUGACAAAGCCUUUAGUGUGCAUUCCUGCCUAACUGCCCAUCAGGUAAUCCAUUAUGGAGUUAUACUGUAUAUAUGUCAUCAGUGUGUCAAAUACUUUUUUCAGUGUUCUUGGCUUGCUACCCAUGAUUCCAUUACAAAAUAUAAUUAUUAA